AUGACACAAAUAUUAAAAUGUUACGAUAUUUACACAUGCGUCACUAAGGACGUGGAAGCGGCCCUGCUCGAGGGCUCACCCACCAUGUCAUUCGUGUCCUCGGACUUCACCGACCGGACGUACGUCGCGCUGGUCGACGAUGCCACCGCUACGCCGACGGGCUCCCCGACGACGACGACAACGACGACGGCGAUGAUCGAGCCGGUCCACUGCGGCAGUCCCGGGUUGGGUGCGGGAAAGUGUCUCACGGACACGGAGUCGGAGGACGACAACCUGAUCGUUGAGGAGCUCACGCCGGUCGUCAUUAUCAGCCGACAGUCGGCGCCGAGGCCCAAGUUCCGCAUCAGGCCGCCUUAUCUCAUGAUUUGUAUAAGCAUCGUCGAAAUAGCGGUUCACUGCCUGGGCGACGAGGCGACGUUACGAGAAUGGCUGGUCUAUGACCCGCGGCAGCGGCUCCAGGGCUGGAGGUUUAUAUCCUACAUGCUUUUGCACUCAGACGCUCUUCACUUAGCUCUGAACGUGGUCAUUCAACUGUUACUGGCCACUCCGCUCGAGGUAGAGCAGGGCCGUCUGGCGGUCUGGACGAUUUAUCUCGGCGGCGGAGUUUGCGGGGCUCUCGGCGCCUCGCUGCUGCAGCCCAACCUCUAUCUCGUCGGGGCUUCCGCUGGAGUUUAUGCACUUCUCACCAGCCACCUCUCCCAUCUUUAUCUGUGUCACGGCGAGCUACGCUACGCGAGUUGGCGCCUGCUGGCGGUGCUGCUGCUCGCGGCCGCGGACGUGGCCUCGUUCCCGGUGCCCGGCCUCAUGUCGCUCGCCUCCUCCUCCACCUCCUCUUCGUCCACGGUUGCUCGGGGCAGCCGCAUCGGCUGGGAAUCCCACUUGGCCGGUGCCCUGGCGGGUCCUCUCCUCGGUCUGGCCUGUUUCCCGCAUCAGAGCAAGAAGGACGCCCGGGGCCGGCGCUUCGUGCGCUUCGUCAGGCUCUGCUCGGCGGUCAGUCUGACGUUGCUCGUCGUCGGCGCCAUCCUGGGCAACGUCUACAUGGUGGCGCUGCCCCAGCUGCGCAGGCCGUCCUGACAGAGGAUCGAGAUGCUGGUGCAGUUCUGCAAGAACAGCUUCAUCAUCGUGAAGAUCAGGGAGGCGGUGGACGCGGUUUUCG